AUGGCUGACAUGCCGAGGAAUGUGGAGCAGCAAUUGCAGGAAGUACAACCGGAUUCUCCUCCACCACCGCCUCAUGGAGGAUUUAUGCAGAAAUUCAGACUCUAUGAAACUCGAUCGAAAUUCUAUAUGGUAGGAAGGAACCAAAGUAGAACAUGCUGGAGAGUGUUAAAAAUUGACAGGUUGGAACCUUCCGAGCUUAACAUUCGUGAAGAUUCUACGACAUAUACAGAGAGGGAGUGCUCUGACCUAUUGAGAAGAAUACAUGAAGGAAACAGGGCCACAGGAGGACUUAAGUUUGUCACUACUUGUUAUGGCAUUGUUGGGUUCAUUAGAUUUCUGGGGCCUUAUUACCUGGUACUCAUAACAAAAAGAAGGCAAAUUGGUGCAAUCUGCGGUCACAAAGUUUACGCUAUCUCUAAAAGCGAGAUAAUCCCUCUUCCAAAUUCUGCAGUGAGAUCCACCACGGUUAACAAUAAGAAUGAAAACAGGUACAAGAAACUUUUGUGCACACUUGAUCUUACUAGGGAUUUCUACUUUAGUUACUCCUACCAUGUGAUGAGAAGUCUCCAGAGGAACACGUGUGAUAACGAGACAGGACAAGUCUUAUAUGAAACUAUGUUCGUCUGGAAUGAGUUUCUUACUCGUGAAAUGCGAAAUAUUCUGCAGAAUACUAUUUGGACUGUUGCAUUGGUUUAUGGCUUCUUUAAACAGGCUACACUUCCUAUAUCAGGGCGGGAAUUCAAGCUGACUCUAAUAGCAAGACGUUCACGGCAUUAUGCUGGAACAAGAUAUCUGAAACGAGGGGUGAACGAUAAGGGAAGAGUUGCAAAUGACGUUGAAACUGAGCAGAUUAUAUUUGAGGAUGUUCCAGAAGGGUUCCCUACACAAAUAAGUUCUGUUGUCCAAAACCGUGGCUCAAUCCCUCUAUUCUGGUCACAGGAAACUUCACGCCUGAAUCUUAAGCCUGACAUUAAAUUGUCAAAGAGGGACCAAAAUUAUGAAGCUACAAGACUUCAUUUUGAAAAUCUUGUUGAGAGAUAUGAGAAUCCUAUUAUUAUUUUAAAUUUAAUUAAGACAAAUGAAAACAAGCCUCGAGAAUCUAUUCUUCGCACAGAAUUCGCUAAUGCAAUUGAAGCUAUUAAUAAAGAUCUGUCUGAGGAGAAUCAUCUUAAAUUCCUUCACUGGGAUUUGCACAGACAUUCUCGGAGCAAAGCUACAAACGUUUUGCUACUUUUGGGGAAGGCUGCUACAUUUGCAUUGACACUGACAGGUUUCUUCUAUUGUCAAGUUACACCAGACUUGCAAUCAGAAGGAUUUCUCAAAUGCCCCUGUUUUGAGAAUAUUGUUGCACCUAGCAUGUUGGCCACAAGAUAUUGCGACACUGAAAAUGAGAAACAUUGUGUUGAUGAGAUUGAGGAUUCAGAUAGCUCGGACAGAAAAUCUAGCGUUUCUACUUGUAAUCCUGCUGUCAAGUCACCAUCGUUUCAAAGGGGAGUUCUCAGGACAAAUUGCAUAGAUUGUCUGGAUCGCACUAAUGUAGCGCAAUAUACAUAUGGUUUGGCUGCUUUGGGGCAUCAGUUGCAUGCCCUAGGAGUAUUAACUUCGACAAAGAUAGACCUUGAUGAUCCUUUGGCUGAUGAAUUAAUGUGUCUUUAUGAGAGAAUGGGAGAUACUCUUUCACACCAGUAUGGUGGCUCAGCUGCUCACAACAAAAUUUUCUCUGAGAGAAGGGGUCAGUGGAAAGCUGCAAUCCAGUCCCAGGAAUUUUUUCGAACUCUACAGCGUUAUUACAGCAAUGCGUACAUGGAUGCGGAGAAACAAAAUGCCAUUAAUGUAUUUUUGGGGGAUUUUCAACCUCAUCCAGGUAAACCGGAUGUGUGGGAACUGAAUUCUGACCAACAUUACAAUGUGAGGAGAUAUGGGCAAUCAAAUAUUGAUGAAAAUGGAAGAUUACUUUUUAAAAGAUCAUGGUCAGAUGGAAACAUUCUUCGUGAAAGUCACUCGCCAACGUCCACCUCAAAUGUCAAUAUGGGUUUUUCUAGUGCUGAAUUACCAGACAAACCAAAAAGAGAAGGCAAAAUACUUUCUGAGUCAACACCAGUAAUAUCAGCUUCUGAAAGUGAUGUAACAUAUUCAAGAUACACCCAUUCAGUGCCAUCUGCUGAGCUUUGUGCAGAAGUGCAAAGAGAUGGCUGUCUUGAACAUGAAAAUGGAGACACAAUUGACUGUUCAAACUUUGUUGACUUAGAUUGGCUUUCCUCUGGAACUUCAUGCGAGGAAGAGUUGUUGGAAAGGUCAAUGCUCUCUACCUCUCCAUUUGCGAUACUGUCAUCUGAAAAUAUCAUCAGUGAAAUGGUUGGGGAAACAACCCCAUCAGCCAGUGGAUGUGGAUCUAGCAAUAGCGUUUUAAUUUGGUGCGAAUUCUUCACCAAUUCAAGGAUUACUGCGCUGAAGAACUUUGAAUUGCUUUUGAGUUCUUGUCCAAUUGGCUGUCGUUUCUCUCCUGUGGACUCCGUAAAAGCUGUACUGAAACUCUUUCUGGUCGCAUCUGAUCCCUCAACCAAGGAUUACAGCGUCGAAGAACUUCGAAUUGCUUUUGAGUUCUUGUCCAAUUGGCUGUCGUUUCUCUUCUGUGGACUCCGUAAAAGCUGUACUGAAACUCUUUCUGGUCGCAUCUGA